AAGAAGAAGAACUUCUGCUGAUGACGUCACACCAGAGGGAAACACAAACCGACAUAUUUUUUUUAGCUCCUCGACGUUGUGUCACUGAAGUCGAAAAGAAAACGAAACAGAAGAGAAAUAAAACAACAUAAAAAUGCAGAGAGCUUCACGUUUGAAGAGAGAGCUCCAGAUGUUGAGCACCGAACCGCCUCCGGGUAUCACUUGUUGGCAGACCGAAGAACGCAUCGAUGACCUGCGUGCCCAGAUCGUUGGCGGAGCAGGAACUCCGUACGAAGGCGGAAUCUUUUCCCUGGAGGUCAAAGUCCCAGAGAGAUACCCAUUUGAGCCACCCAAAAUGCGAUUUACGACCCCCAUCUACCACCCCAACAUUGACAGUUCAGGACGUAUCUGUCAUGAUGCUCUCAAACCCCCACCAAAGGGAGCCUGGAAGCCUUCCUUAAACAUCUCAACAGUCCUUACCUCUAUCCAGCUUUUGAUGGCUGAACCGAAUCCAGAUGACCCUCUCAUGGCUGAUAUAGCAUCAGAGUUCAGAUACAACAAGCAACUGUUCAUGCAGAAGGCCAGGAAAUGCACAGAAGAACAUGCUGUUCAAAAGACCACGACAAUCACGGAGAGCAGCCAAAACAAUGUACCAGAGAAUUCAUCGUCACGCAAAAGAGAAGUCCCUGGUGCCAUGCAGGAGAGAGGCAAGCUAGCAAAGAGGACAUGUGUGUAAUAACAACCACUUUGAUAUCCAAUUUGAUAUCCAUUUUGUCAUACUGCAUGCACCCUGUGAUAUAGCUACAUAUGUACAGUAUAUGCACAUUUGUUUUAAUAAAAGUUUUUUUUAGGGCUGUCAAUAUUAACGUGUUAAUGG